UUUUCUUGCUUCUUUCUUCAAGACUCGUACUAUCCCUGGAUUCAUAUCAUUAUGGCUCCACACGCUUUAGCAGCCGAGUCGCUCAACGGAAGCGAAACUGCAAGUUUUGUAGAAUUGGACUCCGCCAGCAGUGCUAUUCUCAAUGCUAGUCCUUUUGGAUCUACUGUCGACCCCAACUUGGUCAAAGGAACUGCCUAUACUUCGCCUUCCAUUAUUAUAAACCAGGCCAUCUACUCCAUUGCCACUAAGAUCUUCUCCUACGAGACUGUUGGUGCUGAAAACUUGUUGGACUCUCAUAUUCAACUCUGGGCCCAGAAUUUCCAUAGAGAAAAUUCGUUUGGAGUAGUUCCAUUCUUCCACAAGUUACAGGUCAGAUCUGGUGCAUCCAAUGCGAUCUUGGGUUACUUCAAGAAGAACGGAACCAGUGGUCAACCGGUCGCUACUUUGGUUGGUGCUAAUGCCUUAACGUAUAUGCGUACUUCAUUGGCCGGAAAGACAGCUGAAAGCUUACCUUUAGCAUUCAAUGUAUCUGCUAUUGAUUAUGAUUCCGCUUCUGAUUCGUUGGUCUCCAACUAUAUCACUCCUUUGAGUGUUGCUCGUUCUUUGGGCUACGCUACUAUUACUCCUGUUAACUCUCAAUCUGGUUUGGAGUUGCAGCACGUGACGGUGUUGAACCACUACUUGGUUUCGCUCAUGGGUGUGCCUUCGUUGAAUUUGUUUGACGGUCCUGAAUUCUCCAAGACCUUCUCUAAGUUCUCGCACUUGCUUUCAGUAGAAGAUGUUGGCAGAUUGUACCAGCAGUUAUUGACUGCAACUACUGCCACUCCUACCUCUUUAGAUGAGGCUGUUGACGUUGCCUUUGAUACCUUGAACAGAUUGACAGGUCUGACUUACUCCCAGUUCGAAUACUCAGGUGCACGUAACGCCACCACUGUCUUCGUAGUCUACGGAUCCCAUGAAUCGACACAAGUUGGUGCCUUAAUUGAAGCCGGUGUCCCAGGCGUAGGUUUGAUCAAAGUCAGAGUGCCAUUGCCUUUCAAUCAGGCCAAGUUUGUAGAAGCCAUUCCAGCUUCCACCAGGAAGUUAGUUAUCUUGUCUCAAACUGAUGGUUCUGCUACUAGUUCUUUGAAGGCCGAUGCUACUGCUGCUUUGUUCUUGACUGGUAGAUACAGUGCUUUGUCUUUGGACGAGUUCUCCUACCCAUUGAAAUUCGACUGGACGCCUAUUACUAUCUCCAAGAUUAUCAGUGAGUUUGUUCCAGAUUUCAACCCCGAGCUGGUAUUGGCCCCUAGUGCUCUCCAGAGCUUUGUUGGACAGAUCACUGCCAACACCUCUCCCGUAGGAAAGUACUUGAUCUGGGGCAAGGACAAUGGCUCUUUCGUAGGAACCGGCGAUAAAUUGGCUCUUUCGUUAUCGUUGGACGAUUCGAAGACCGUCAGCAUCAGAAACAAGUACGACAACUCCAGAGCGGGUGGUGUUAUUCAGUCUUCGAUUGCUACAAACUUCAACAACAACAUUAUCGCUACCGUAGAUUCUGCCGACGUUGUCAUUAUCGAAGAUCUGUCUUUGUUGGCCAGCUACGACGUCCUCGCCACUGCUGCCCCAGGAGGCACAGUUUUGUUGGGAAACUUCAAGACUAUUAAGGAGUCUGUGGAUAUCGACAUUGUGGAAAAGUUGCCUAUAGAAUUCAGAAAGACUUUAGCCAGAAACCACAACAAGUUGACUAUUAUUGACUUCAGCAUUGUUGACGAGUUAGACGAGUUGAACUCUUCCACCAAAGGAUUUUCAGCAGACUUCUUAGUCCAGUUGGCUUUCUGGAGGGCUGCUUUGCCUGAAUUGGAUGGCUUUAUCGUCAACAAGUUGUUACAGGCUAACGGUAACUCGUUUGAGUUAUUGGCUGCUGUCUUAGACAAAUUCAUCAACAUUGCUGACGAGAAGGCUGGUUUGAAGGAAGUGGCUGUAUUGCCAGAAUGGGCUGAACUUGAAGAAGAAACUGAAGCCGCUGAAGCUGGCGACGAAGAGGCCGCUGAAGAAGAAAUUCCAGAAGCUUUGCCAUUCUUCGUUUCGGAAACUUCUAUCUUCCCCAACCCACGUACUCCUCAAGAAGCUGCCGAAGAAACCAAGUUGGUUGGCUAUAAACAUUUGGCUAGCAAGUUGACUUUCCCAGAAGCAUAUAAUACGAAGGAAGCUCUCAGACCAGACUUGCCAGUCAAGAAUUUCGUAGUGAAGGUGCAAGAAAACAAGAGACUCACUCCUCAAGAAUAUUCUAGAAAUAUCUUCCACAUUGAGUUCGAUGUCACUGGCACCGGCUUGACUUACGAUAUUGGUGAAGCUCUUGGUAUUCACGGCCGUAACAAUGCCGAAGCUGUUGAAAGCUUCUUGCAGUUCUACGGUGUGGAUGGUGACCAAAUCGUUGAAAUCUCCAACAAGGAUGAUACCUCUCUUGUUGAGACCAGAACUGCCAGACAGGCUUUGACUGACAGCGUUGACUUCUUGGGAAAGCCUCCCAAGAGAUUCUACGAGAGCUUGGCUGAGUAUGCUGAAACUGAAGAUGACAAGAAGAAAUUGACUACAUUAGCCAAUGCUGAAGGUGCUGAGGAGUUGAAGAAGAGACAAGAAGUCGAUUUUGACUCUUAUGUUGAUAUCUUGGAAGAAUUUGCCUCUGCUCGUCCUCCUUUUGCUGACUUGGUCAAGAUUAUUGCUCCUUUGAAGAGAAGAGAAUACUCUAUUGCUUCUUCUCAAAGAAUCCACCCUAACGCGGUUCACUUGCUUAUCGUUGUUGUAGACUGGGUCGACCCUCGUGGCAGAAUCAGAUACGGACACUGUUCCAAGUACUUAAGUGAUUUGAAGAUUGGCGACGAGUUGGUUGUCAGCGUCAAGCCUUCUGUUAUGAAGUUGCCUCCAUUGUCAACCCAACCAAUCAUCAUGUCUGGUUUGGGUACUGGUUUGGCUCCAUUCAAGGCUUUUGUCGAAGAAAAGAUCUGGCAAAAGGAACAGGGUAUGGAAAUUGGGGAAAUCUUUUUAUUCUUGGGUUCCAGACACAAGAAAGAAGAAUACUUGUACGGUGAAUUAUGGGAAGCCUACAAGAGUGCUGGUGUUUUGACUCACAUUGGUGCUGCCUUCUCUCGUGACCAGCCUCAGAAGAUUUACAUUCAAGACAAGAUCAGAGAGAGCAUUGAAGACUUGACUGAUGCUGUGUGCUUGAAGGAAGGUUCGUUCUACUUGUGUGGUCCAACAUGGCCCGUUCCUGAUAUCACUGCUUGUCUUGAAGAUAUUGUUAAAAACGGUGCAAAGAGAGCCGGUCAAGAAAUCAAAGAUGUCGCUAAGGUUGUUGAAGACAUGAAGGAAGACGGCCGUUACAUCUUGGAAGUUUACUAGACGGUAGUUGCUUUAUAUAGAACUCUAGAAGUAUGCAAAUAUGAACUAUUUAUCAGAUUAGAAGUUAUUAUAU